AUGGCGGACCAGUUUGACGAGCGCUCAUCUUUCUGCUGGGAGUGCUAUUGGCCCGGCUUAGACGCUGACAGCAACAACAACAACACCGCGCUGCCGCCCGGAUGUGCCGAUGCGAGCUGCUGGAACCAAGCCGACUUCUCACAUCAGUCUCUUGGUCUAUGUGGUGCUGGCACGGAGUGCUGUGAUAACGACCAGUGCUCUCCCAGUUGUGCUACCAUAUGUGACGGUUUUGUGGACUGUGAUAAGUCAACGGCCUGCUCCGAGCCACAGUGCAACGAUAUGAACUGCAACAACCAGGCAACAGCCUGUUUUGAUCUGAACUGCGUCGCAGAGGGUGAACAAUCUCUGCGAUCCCUCGAUCAAGGUCACUUCUUCAACCAGGGAAUACCGCUGAAUUGGGGAUGUCUGGACCUACAGAACGCUGCUGCUGCUGCUGCUACAUCUGCCACCACAACUGCCGCCGUCAACGAUGUUUCCUUACAACAUUGCAACCUCGACAACGAUAAUCUUCGAUCGCAUUUUCAUUUCCAUCAUCCUGUUGGGACUUUAAACUCGUUGGAUUUAAACCCGGUUUCGAAAGGACUGGGAGAUGGAGCCAUCAACCCUAAACACUCUCGACCUGCUGUUGGCGUGCCGUGUUCAAAUCAUGCAGGGAGCGUAUGGGCAAUGGCCAACGCGGCCGGCGGGUGCAGCAGCAACAUAAAAGAUCAUAAUCACACCCAUCACCCUUACCUUAAUCACCUCACACCAAGGGCCAAUCUCGACAAAGCUUUUGACAUUGCCCAGUGGUCCGCUCAAAUGCAACGGCACCGACACGAUCCAUCUUUUCAUUCACAAUCAAGCAGUGCAAGCUUCAUACCCGAUGCCAUGAACAAUAAUUCGACCGUUUCCACACGUUCUACUCCUGGGCUUAGCCUAGAGUCAAGCCCAAUGACUGCUCUAACAAGUCGAGAAGUUAGCAUACAGUCAAUGGACUAUAGCGGUGACGAGCUGCAUAUAUGCAAAUGGGUUGCAAACGGCGACUCGGGGUUUGUAUGCGGUAUUACAUUUCCGGAUGCCAAAUCUCUCCAGGAACAUCUUGUCCAGGAACACGCCAACCAGACCGACGGUGCGAAGGGAGUCGGAUAUUAUUGCUGCUGGGAAGGCUGUCAUCGUCCACAUGAACCUUUUUCACAGAAAUCAAAACUCCAAGGCCAUUAUCUCACACAUAGUAAUUAUAAAAACUUCCAGUGUUCUAUAUGUGGGAAAUCAUUUGCGCGCCAAGCGACCUUGGAGAGGCAUGAACGUAGCCAUAGGGGAGAUAAGCCCUACAAAUGCAAGAUUUGUGGAAAAGCUUUUACGGAUAGCAGUGAACUUAAAACUCACAGGAGAAUACACACGGGAGAGAAGCCGUUCAAGUGUAAACAUCCCGGCUGCACGUUUGAGACUGGUGAUUCAUCUAAUAUGUCAAGUCAUAAAUUAACGCAUGGGGAACGACGACACAAAUGCCCUUUCCCUGGUUGCUCCAAAAGUUUUACACGACCAGAUCAGUUAAAAAGACAUGCAAAAACCGCUCACAAAGACGACCUUUUUUCAUUGCAACGAAUGGCUAGUCCAAUCACUCCUAGCCUACCCAUGAUAUAG